UACAGGGGGAAGGAAGUACUCUGUCAAGUAAACAAACCUGAAUGGAAAUCCACACCAACGACAAAGAAGUAACAGAAAAGGAAGUAACUCUUCACUUGUUGCCAGGUGAGCAGCUGCUUUGCGAAGCCAGCACCGUGCUCAAGUACGUCCAGGAGGAUACCUGCCAGCGUGGGAUCUACGGGAAACUCGUGUGCACCGACUUCAAGAUUGCUUUCCUGGGCGAUGAUGACUCUGCACUGGAGAGUGAUGAAACUCAGUUUAAGAAUAAACUGAUAGGAGAGAAUGACAUCACACUCCACUGUGUUGACCAGAUCCUUGGGGUGUUUGAUGAGAAAAAAAAAACUCUCUUUGGACAACUGAAGAAGUACCCUGAGAAGCUCAUCAUCCAUUGCAAAGACCUCCGGGUAUUCCACUUCUGUCUGCGGUACACCAAGGAAGAGGAAGUCAAAAGGAUUGUCAGCGGCAUAAUUCACCACACCCAAGCUUCUAAACUACUUAAGCGAUUGUUCCUGUUCUCCUACGCGGCUGCCACACAAAACAGGACAGCCUCGGAUCCCCAAAACCACACUGUCAUGUUUGACACCCUUAAGGACUGGUGCUGGGAGCUGGAGCGGACCAAAGGCUGCCUGAAGUACAAAGCUGUCAGCGUCAACCAAGGUUACAAGGUCUGCGAAAGGUUGCCAGAAUAUUUCGUUGUUCCCAUCGCUCUUCCUGAAGAGGAUAUUUCACACUUUCAGGGUCACGGCAUACCACUAUGGUGCUGGUCCUGCCACAGCGGAUGUGCCCUGUUGAAAAUGUCAGCCCUGCCCAAAGAACAGGACGAUGGCGUGUCACAGAUCCAGAAAAGCUUCUUGGAUGGGAUUAACAAGACCAUCCACAGGCCACCCUACGAAAUUUUGAAAACCGAGGACCUGUCAAGCAACUUCCUGUCCCUGCAGGAAAUCCAGACGGCAUACUCGAAGUUUAAACAGCUCUUUCUGAUAGAUAACAGUACUGAGUUCUGGGACACCGACAUCAAAUGGUUUUCUGUGCUGGAAAGCAGCAGCUGGCUUGACAUCAUCAGACGCUGUCUCAAAAAAGCCAUAGAGAUUACAGAGUGUCUGGAAGCACAAAACGUGAACGUUCUUCUCUUAGAGGAGCACGCCUCUGACCUCUGCUGCAUCGUCUCCUCGCUGGUGCAAGUGAUGAUGGACCCCCACUGUCGGACCAGGUUUGGUUUCCAGAGCCUCAUCCAGAAGGAGUGGAUCAUGGGCGGCCACUGCUUCCUGGAUCGCUGCAACCACCUGCGGCAGAGUGACAAAGAGGAGGUGCCUGUGUUCCUGCUCUUCUUGGACUGUGUGUGGCAGCUGGUCCACCAGCACCCCCCGGCCUUUGAGUUCACGGAGACGUACCUGACCGUCUUGUCAGACAGCCUGUACAUUCCUAUUUUCAGCACCUUCUUCUUCAACUCACCUCAUCAGAAAGAUGCUAACAUGGGUAGGGAAAGCCAGGAUGCACAAAGCAGCCCUUUGAACCUGCUCACCGUGUGGGACUGGUCCGUGCAGUUUGAACCUAAAGCCCAGACGUUAUUCAGAAACCCCCUCUAUGUGGAAAAGCCAAAACUGGACAAAAGCCAGCGGAAAGGAAUGCGCUUCAAGCAUCAGCGGCAGCUCUCUUUGCCACUCACCCAGUCGAAAUCGUCUCCCAAGAGAGGCUUUUUCAGGGAGGAAACAGACCACUUAAUCAAAAACCUCCUGGGCAAGAGGAUCAGCAAGCUCAUCAAUUCUUCGGAGGAUCUCCAGGACAACUUCCGCGAGUUCUACGACAGCUGGCACAGCAAGCCCACCGACUACCAAGGCCUGCUGCUGCCUCACCUCGAGGGCCCCGAAAUCAAGGUCUGGGCCCAGAGGUACUUGCGUUGGAUCCCAGAAGCCCAGAUCCUGGGCGGUGGCCAAGUGGCCCUGAUGAGCAAACUCCUGGAGAUGCUGGAGGAAGUGCAGAGGCUGCAGGAGCAGGUGGAGGAGCGGCACCACAGCCAGGCGGCCUUGCCGGCGGAGGUGCCCCCAGCGCCCAGGCACUCCGCCCGCCUGUCCUCGCUCUUCCCCUUUGCCCUGCUCCAGCGCCACUCCUCCAAGCCUGUGCUGCCGACCAGCGGCUGGAAAGCCCUGGGAGACGACGAGGACUUGGCCAAGCGAGAAGAUGAGUUUGUGGACCUGGGGGACCUGUGACCUGUCCCCUUUCUCCUCCCAUCUCCCCUGCUUGUCGCGGCAGCGGGGGGUGCUGACAUGGGGCGAUCACCCUCUGCAUCUCUGGAUGGGGCAUCAGGCCGGAGGGCCCUCAGGAGCAGGGCGGUCUCGGUUCUGUUCGUGGUCUGCAGACGCUGCGGUGAGGAUGCCUGCCAGCCGAAUGGCAAGCCGUUGGUUUCCUGAUGCCUCAGUAUUAGCACACGAGACCUGCCCCCUUCCCACCCCCCACCCCCCUCCUAAAGGGCUUUUUGUAAGAUCCUCUGAACUCCGUGCUCCUUCAGAUGCUCUGUGCCAAGAAAAUGUCCGAGCCCGUGGGCGGGACUAGCCAGCUUCUCCGUGGCCCACCCCAGUUAAGCAGGCGCAGUUUUCUUCACACGUGUGCGUGGUGAGUAGAGCUGUGGGGAAGGCCAGCGUAAAUAAAGCAUCCACAGCAGUUUGCCUGCCUGCAUCCUCCAGUGGGGGAAAGCCGGGGAGCUGCUGGCCUGCCAGCUGGGUCUCAUUCGGGUUUCAGAACAGCCCCGCCCUCUCCCAUGUGCUGCCCACAGGCUCCCCUCCCUGCCCUCCCAGCCUUGGUGCCCAGAGCCCCCCAGGUUCAUGCUGCUAAACCCGUGGUUCACCUGGGGGCGUCCCGUGAGCUCCCUGCCUGAGCGAGCCCCUCAGUGAUGGAGUGAGUGGUUCCGCCCUUCCUAGUGCCUCUUGCCACGCCGACCACCUGGGACCUCAGCCCUGGAGGGAGGAAGGAAGGGGAUGGUGGUCACAGUACCUCAGCGACAUAAGAAGCCAUAGAAGAAACUUGAUUCUGCCAGCUCACCUUCUGGGACCUGCUGUCGCAAUGGACCGCUGUCCCUCCACACAGGAAAGCACGUUCUAUGAGCAUCGGCGUUUCCAUUCCUGAGGGAACCCCACCGGAUCCCACCAGAGGACGUUCAGAAUAAACAUGUAAAAAGCCUCCUGCAAGACUGUUUCAAACCGAAUGUUGGCCUGUGCGUUAGCUCUCCAGUGUUCAUUGUUUAGGAAAACACUCCGUGCUCAAGGGAAGUAAGGGCCCUGAGAGCCGGGGCCGAGUUGAGCCUGCGUGUGCCCCGAGCGGUCAGUAGUCCCCGCGACGAGGGACAGUCACACGCCACGUCUUGGUUGCCUUAAGCAUCUUACUGGCGAGGUCAGUGUGCGGCGCGCAGUAGGGGUUUUCAAGACAUACUAGCUCUGUAGCACCUUCACCUGCGCCCCAGGGCCUUCUGGCGCUAGCACUAAGCCCGCUCCCCUGCCCGUAGCCUCCCAGAUUCACUACGGAGCAGACUAUUUUUGUUACAUAUUACAGCGUGGAUAUUUAUACGGUUGCCUCUUCACCCUUAGGAUCUCAGUAGUUUUCACAACCAUAAAAGUGCCCCGUGUGACGCUUCACACACCAGAGUCUGGUGGAAAGGCACAAGGUCAUGGCCACUGUCACAGCCGUUUGAACGUGCUUUGCUCUAUUUUUCUAUGCUUUUUUAAAGUUGCAAUACAAAAAUAAGGAAGCUGUUGUCACAUGUAAAGCUGUGGCAAUUUAUGUAUUUAUAUUUGCAGUCAGAUAUCUAUGCCUUGUUUGUGUGUACAGAGUUCUCAGUGGGUUUAUAUAUUGUGGACUCUUUCUUCAGGACAGAUGUGGAUCAAACAGCGGGAAGCAGAGACCGUUGACUUUGUUGAAAAUGCUGCACUGUGCGAGUUUGGACAUGUAAUUACUGUAGAUAGCAUCUUGAGUUUGUUUAUACCUCCGAGUUUUUACACUGAAGAGAAACUAGCUUUAAUUACAUUCAAAACGCCCCCCUGCCACCCACCCACCCCUUAUCCCAAGGGAAGAAGCUGUGGGGCUGAAUCUGUAUAAAUGUGCUGUUUAUUUUCUGGUUGGACCGCAAAAGUUUAUACUUGCAUCCCACUGCAUCGUAUCUGAUUGCAGAAAUUAAAGCACAAUUUAAAACA